CUGCGCAUACAGAGUGCGCAAUUUACGCUACUAUGCAACAACCAAAACAACAGCGGAAACUGUCAGAGUAGUGUGAUUGGAUUCUAACAACAUUUUUGUAAAUUGAAAUAAGGCACUUCAUAUACUCUACAUAUUCUUCACUACAUAUUAUAGGAUGCCUGCGGUUGGGGAAGAUGCCCCAAUGUACUGCUCUCAGCAAAUCAACAUACCCCCUGAGCUUCCUGAUAUCUUAAAACAGUUCACCAAAGCUGCAAUCAGGACACAACCCACUGAUGUCCUGCAGUGGUCAUCAGCAUACUUCAACGCUCUGUCGAAUGGUGAGACGCCGCCUGUUAAGGAGAGACUUGAGAUGCCCGUAGCAACACAGAAGACAGACACAGGCCUAACGCCUGGAAUCCUCUCAGUGUUAAAUCGACAGCUUGGCCCUCAGAAGAUGUGCACUCUGACGGAACUUGAAAAGAAAUGGAAGGAUAUGUGUUUACCCAAAGAGAAACUCUACAGCCUAAUUCAGUUAGGUAGCUUUGGUGAGGAGAUCGAGUGGUUGAAGUUCUUUGCACUGGCUUGCUCAGCAUUAGGAGGUAAUAUUACAAUAGCCAUGAAAACCAUUUGUGAGAUCUUAACGAAGGACCCUGAAGGUGGCGCUGCCCGGAUUCCUUUUGAAUGCUUCAAGGUAUUGUACACCUACCUAGCACAGAUUGACGGAGAGAUCCCCGAAGAACACACCGAGAGUGUCUACACAUACCUGCAGUAUCAUGUUGAUAAACAAAAAGGAAUGGUACAACCAAGGAAUUUCCUGAGCCAAGAUUGUCCGAAACUAGACCCUUAAACAGCCUUAAAGUUCCAGAAAAAGAAUGCGCCCACUUGGAUCAUCAUAAUAAAUUAUUACACCAACAGUUAAAGAAAAACAAAUAAGCAUGGUUUUUUUUCCUUAGUUUACUAUAGUAUAAAUAACCUUGAUUUUAAGAUUGUUUUUUAUGGAUACUGAAUGGACACCUUUGGAUUUUAUACCAACAUAUUUGAGUAGAUUGAAAAUAAUUCUAUGGCGACACAUUUUCAAUUUUAUCUCAGGGUUUACAAAAAGGAAAAAACUAGAACUAAACUAAAAAUAUCAACAAUAAAAAAUGAUACUAUGUAUAGUUCCCAAAUAUUUUGAAAUUCAUGUUUAAUUUAGAUUUUUGUUUGGAUAUAUGUUUAGUGUUAAUAUAUACAAAAUGUACAUA